AUGAUGAAGUUUGCCAUAAUCAUCGCUCUCGCCGGUCUUGCCGUUGCGCAGACCGACCUCCCCACGUGCGCCCAAGGCUGCGUCAACCAAUACACCACAGGCAAUGCCAUCGCCGGCUGCAGCAAUCUCGACAUCAAGUGCAUCUGCUCCAACGCCGGCUUCCUCGACGGCAUCGCCUGCUGUCUCGCCAGUGCCUGCCCUGCCGCCGAACAGGAGAACGCCGUCAAGUUCGCCAAGAAUAUCUGCACCGGUGCCGGCGUCACUGUCCCCGAUCAGGUCGUCUGCAAGAGCGGAAACGCCUCGUCUUCUGGCUCGCCGGCCACUGCUACCCAGACCGGUACCGCCCAGACCGGGACGCCCGCGUCCGCCACGAACACACCGAACGCCGCAGCCACAAUGGGUCCGGUCGCUCUGCUGGGAGGUCUUGUUGCUGCUUUGGUUGUCUUGUAG